AUGACCGGGCCGCCGUCCUCUUCCUACCCCGGCCAGGUCCCGCCGCCAGCCGCCGUGGUUUCGCCGGAAAACGAGGAGAAAAGCUCCGGUUUUGACAGAAAAUUCGCCGGCUUCGUUCUCCGUCGUCCGGCCGCCAUUUUUGGCGAUCAAGGGUUUCGGCCGGAUUUCGGGAUGAGAUUCCGGCCACUUCCGGUCAGUUUUUGGGGUACGUCCAAGAACAAAAGUGACUCCAAAUUAGGUGUAUUACCUAGGGUAGGAGUCUGGGCUCACGAUUUGGAAGUUUUCCGGCGAUGGGUAUCGCUUUGGACACCCACGCGCUGCCGGCGCGUGUGGCGGCGCGUGGGCACUGUAGCUGAGGGGCAUUUUUGUCCCAUUGUGAUCCUCUCGAUGUCACGAGCGCGUAGGUGUGCUCGGAUCUCAUUUUGGAUACCGUUAGAGUCCCGAACGGAUAUCGCAUAUCGCGUGUUUUCCGGGUUCGCUGGGUUUGGACCGUUGGAUGGUCCUGAGAUUAUAUAUGUUGAUCUAGUGCUAUACGCACUACCCCACGUACCCCUCUAUGCUGUGAUCUUUGGCCAGGCCCAGUGUGAGGUCGCACGCGUCUUUGGGUUAGCCGGCGUGUUGACAGACCCCGCCCAGUGUGAGGUCGCACGCGUCUUUGGGUUAGCCGGCGUGUUGACAGACCCCGUACGUGGCCGGACCCCGUACGUGGCCGGGUGCGUCCCGACGUAUGAGUGGGAGUUAUGGUGUGUGAGGGCUGGUGAGAAUGUAGCCAGGCCCAGGGUUGAGGUCGCACGCGUCUUUGGGCCCAGGGUUGAGGUCGCACGCGUCUUUGGAUUAGCCGGCGUGUUGACAGACCCCAUACGUGGCCGGGAGCCAGGAUUGAUAGGAAAGAGCUACGUGUGGCUUGAUCCCUUAGUAGGUUUGUUAGAAUCAUUGAAGGCCGGAGGCCAUUUAUGGGAGACUAUGCCGAAAUUUUGGCAGAAAGUCUCGUGCCCUAAAUCCUCUCUGGUAAAAGAGGACAUAGUUUUAAGGAGUAAACCCGGCGUGGGUGUGAUGCCGGGGUCUCCGCAGGGUUCGUCUCGGGUUCCGGGAAAUUCGGGGGCGGGUCCUGUCAGCUUGGUAUCAGAGCUUAGGUUCAAUUUCUUGUGGACCCCGCACCUUGUGUGCAUCCUUAAGUUGUGGGAGCAUGAUGGGUUCCGUCGUAGGAUGUCCUCAUUUCGACGCAGAGGACUCUUUGACAUGGAUGGAUUUAGGGUAUUGAUGAGUACACUUAAGGGUGCCACGUUCCUAGAAACGUGUCUAUCCAAAUUGUCGUAUCUCAAUAUCCUAUGGAAGGAAAUGGAAGAGCUGAAAGUGUUGAAUCUGUUGAGAUGA